AUUUGUGUUUAGUUGAUUUUUGAUCGUUGGCCUAGUUGGUUGGUUGUUGAAGUUGCUGCGUAAUUAAAGAAUCGAUCAGUCGAUCAUUCGAUUUCGAUAUUGUGCUGUUCAAAAAACCGAUAGAAUUCAAUUUGUGAUUGUCCAAUUUCAAUCAUAAAAUAGACGGAUUGUAAUAGCUGAACUGCAUCAAUAUGGAUAAUUUAAUUAAUUCACCAUCUUCUGCAUCACCAUCUCAACUGAGUCUUCUCGAUCUUAAUGACUACUGCUUUUUGGAUAUAUUCGCCCACCUCAACGUAAACGAUCUGAUUCUGGCCAGUACACUUUGUAAGCGAUUAGAAUACAAUGCUCAUCGACUAUUUCCGCAUCGGCUACAGUUGUGGACGGAUAUUUGUGACGACGUUGAAACGGCAGAUUUUCUACUAUCAAAAGUCGGUCGAUUCAUUACUGAAAUCGAGAUCAACGGUGAUGGUGAGCCGGGUAUUUCAAUUCAGGAGACAAUGGAAUUGCUUCGGAGGAAUUGUAAAUAUUUGGAGAAAGUCGUGCUGCACCAUACCGUUCCCAAUGAUUUGUUACAGCUACCAACGAACCUCAAACACAUUUCGAUAAAAUUCCCAGAAAAUUGGACUCCGACCGAGGGAUUUAUGGAAAAAUUGAAAAGUUUCAAUAAUCUGGAAUCGUUGACGCUGAACUUCAAACAUUUUACCGAAAUCGACAGUGGUUUUCUGAGCGAACUACCACCGUUAAAGGAAUUAAGAUUGAAAAAUUGUGCAGUCGAGCCAAUGCACCUACAAACGUGCCUGGCAAAUUCAAAAACCGAAUUGGAAUCGCUGACUAUGCGGAAAUGCUUUGCAGAAUUUCCCGACAUUUUGAUCGAGAGUGUCGAUCAAUUGGUUAAAUUGAACGAACUGGAAUGUCAGUUCAACUGUGCACCGGCGAACUUCAGCCCAUUUAGCCUGUUCAACCGACUGACUUCAUUAAAAUUGACGAAUGCUUCCGCAUCCAUUGACGUUGACAAAUUGUUUGGCGCGUUGAUCAACCACAACAAGAUCCAGACGCUGUCAAUGUGUUCGAUUGAUAUCGAUAACAGCCUGCCACUGAAUGUUAAAACCGUGAAGCAAUUACAUCGCUUGACAAAUCUUCGCCGGUUGGAUCUCUACGAAACCGACUUUGUGAACGACGCAUUUCUAAUGGAAAUUACGAAAGGCAAGUCGUUGACUCAUUUGCGUUACAAACAGUCAUACCGACCGAUGUUGAGCUUGGAAGCAGUACUGGACUGCAUUGCGUUGAAUGGACCAAAACUGCAGAAGGUUAGCUACAUUGUUUACCACGAUGCCAGUCAAGUGAAUCAGGACAGUGAGCAGAAGAAGGAACUGCUCAACGCCUUCCGCAAAACCGAUACGUUCAAACGAGUCACUCAAUGCAAGGAAAACAUUUCGAACAAAUUGACGUCGGUCGAGUUUUUGUUUUAGAAAAUUAUUUUAUUGAAACUUCUACCAUAAUGACUGAGCUUCAUGAGCUGCUAAUAUUCCAAUUGACUGAGCUGCUAAUUGUACUUUGUCCCAAGCAACCACCGAUUGUUUUCAAAUAAAUUUUGUUUUAGUUUUCUAAGUGCAUCGA